AGAAGGAAGCUUCAACGACGGUGAAAAUGUAAGGAGAGUGUAUAUGGCAUGCGACAUCGAGCACUCAGAAGUCAGCAACUGGCUUCGCCUUCCGUACAUCCCGCGCGGGGACGCCAACAGACUUUACGUGGAGAUAGAAUUCACAAUGAGAGACUGUUCCACACACAGAAAACCAGAGGAGGUGUUUCAGUGUAAAGAGACCAUCGCAUUGUACUAUUAUGAAGCAAUGUCUGACUUUGCCACGGACACGCUGCCAAGAUGGCAAGCGGAGCAGGGAUCUUACCAGAUGGUGGACUCAAUUGCUGCAGAUUACAAAUUUACGAACCUCAGUGAUUAUCAAAUCAACUUGAAAUACAGGAGCGUCCCUGUCUCCAAAAAUGGAGUCUACUUUGCAUUCCUCGAUGAAGGAGCAUGCACCUCCUUACUAUCAAUUAACGUGUAUUAUAUCACAUGUCCAGCUGUGCGUAAAAACUUCGCUUUCUUUAACACAACUGCAACAGGUCGCGAUGUGUCGUCAGUCGUUAGUAAAGAGGGCGUGUGUGUUGAUAAUGCAGUGAGAGUAGGAAAUGGACCUGCGCCUGCCUACCUGUGCAAGAGUGACGGGACAUGGGUGUGGCCGACGGGACAGUGCUAUUGUAAGGCGGGAUACCAACCUAAUGUGGAUAACACUGAAUGUCUUGCCUGUCCGUCUGGCACAUACAAAGCUACUAUAGGGGGCGACACCUGCCACAGUUGUCCUGCUAACAGCAAUGCUGACGGGAAAACUCAUGCCACGAUCUGUGAUUGCAACCCAGGUUACUAUAGACUGCCACAUGCAAAUGCUUCUCAACCAUGUAUAG